UAUUACAGUGAAUAGUAGUAUCGAUUAAGAUUGCAAGACGCGUUUAAUGCAUAUUCACAUACACUAAUGCAGGGUUUCCAAGGAUACACCUGACAAAGACAAAUAAGAGUUGGAUGAUAUAACUUAAACACAGAGGAAAGUUUAUUUGUGAGGACGAUGGCUAAUGUGCUGGAAUGUUUCCUGGCUGCUUCUCUGCUCAGUGCGACAGGUUUGGAACUGCCGAACCUUGCACUGAAUAGGCCUACUGCACAGAGCUCAGUACAGUACGGAAGGCCAUCAGAUCUGGCUGUUGACGGCAACAAGAACACUAACGACAAUGCCGGAAGUUGUGCCCACGUGGCUGCUGUGCCGGAGCCGUCGAUAGACUGGUGGCAGGUAGAUCUCCAGAAGAUCUUCACUGUCCUAACCGUCUCCAUCACAAACAGGGGGGAUUGUUGCCACGAAAGAUUAACCAACUUCACUGUGGAGGUCCAUACUUCUGACCCGAUGACCAGCAGCAACUCUGGCCUACAAGUCUGCUAUUUGCAUGAAGGCACGGUGGGCAGCGGUCUGACGGUAGACUUGACCUGCGCCGUCAACACCAUGGGACGUUACGUCAGAAUUGUCAAGUACAACUCCGGUGAUAUCCCUUUAACCUUGUGUGAAGUGGUGGUGAAGGGAGCCCAAGUGCAUAACACAUGCGGAGUGUCGCCUGUCGUGUUCACUCAUCACAGUACGGGAGCCAGGGAGCCUGACUACAUCGUCGCCAGCCAUGAAAACAUCGGGAAGCUCGACUGUGCCAUCAUGUGUCUCAGAAAGGCUUUUUGCAACGCCUUCAACUCAAGGUCUCCCUCAAUGGGCGUGGUCAGCUGCGAACUUCUGCUAGACGUAGCUCCUGACCCCGUUGUUAAUGCAUCAUGGGAUGUUUUUAAGAUCAUUGCGUAAACGUGGUGUGAAAGGCGCCAUAAUCAUGAGCCUGUGGGCAGUGUGACGCAGUGAGUGAUUGAAGUUUCACGCAGGGGACAGGAGAAAUUGUCUUCACACGUUGUACUCAAGUAUGGUCGAGUGAACACUUUGAUCACUUGGCUUAGCCACCAAUCGAUGUAUAGUAGAGACGCCCCAUCUCUUGAUCGGAGUAACAAGAUGUUACUUGUAUCUUAUACAGAACAAGAGUGUGCGUAUUAUCUGAUUUGGCACUUGUAAGGAUGUCCACAGAUCGGAUUUUAUGUAUAAUGGAUCGCCUGCAUUUCUGUGUUUGCCCGGUUUAGAAUAGCACCACGCUCCAACCCCUCUUCUGAGGGAGAGGAAAUUUGACAUUUACAUGUAAAAAUAUGAAAAUGCAAACACUUGCAUUGUCAACAAUAGUGCACGUGUUACGUCAUUACCGAA